AUGGCUGGUAGGACGGGUCGGCCUCGCGGGAUUCUCGACAAUGAGAGCGUUAAGCUCAUCUAUGCCGAGAGAGUGGAGGAAAAGAGGAGGAAAACUGCUAGGAGCCUUGAGCUUGCACAGGAAUAUGGGGUUAGCGCAAAAGCGAUUAGGGAUAUCUGGAAUCGUCGAACGUGGUGGCAUGCUACUCAGGUGCUGUGGACUCCAGAGGAAAGGAGGGAACACGAAAGCUCUUGGACAAGACGCUCAAAACCUGGAAGACCGCCUGGAUCCAAAGAUACAAAACCUAGAAAGUGUAAAAGAAGAACUUUGGAACAGCUUGCUUUAGCAUCCGAGAGCUCAGGAUCCGCAUAUCAUGUAGGAUCUUCACAGGCCGCUUGCGAGGGGCAGGAUCACGAAGGCAUGUCAAGAUAUAGGGAUGAAUACGAUGACGACGAGUAUGAUGAUGAUGACGACGACGAGGAGGAGGACGAAUAUGACGUGGACGAGGACGGGGACCAGGACGGGGAUGGCAGGCGGGGGGACAGUGAUAACGAGAAGGAUAUUGAAUCUUUCGACAUGAUAGAGGAAGCUGAUACGCCUUCCUCUCAGUCGGACCCAUCAUCAGCUUUAAAUCUUUUGGUAUGUGACCGCUUUUAUUAUAUCAAGUAA